GGCCCAUGACGUGAAGUUCGGUGUCGGCCGCUUACACUAUGAAGCGGCAGCUUCUUAUAUUCCUGUUGACUUUGGCGUUAGCCUCUGCGUCAAGCGUGAUAGUGAGAACGUUCAGUGAUAACGAAGUUGAACGUUUCAAUCAUUUGGUUGUCGAUAAAAAUACCGGCCGAGUUUACAUAGGAGCUGUCAAUCGUCUGUACCAACUUUCCCCCGCUUUGGAUUUGGUAAUCGCCGAAAAGACUGGUCCCGAAUAUGACGCGUUUGAGUGUUCAGCGUCAGAAUGUUCGGCCGGCGUCCAGAAAAAAUUGACCGAUAAUGUGAACAAAGCUCUUGUUAUCGAUUAUACCACGACGAGAUUGAUAGCAUGCGGAAGUCUGUUCCAGGGUAUCUGUUCGGUCAGAAAUUUGCAUAACAUUUCGGAUGGUACUCAAGAAGUGCGAGAAGCUGUUGUAGCUAAUAAUGCAACGGCUUCGACGGUAGCAUUUAUUGCCCCAGGGCCACCCAACCCUCCAGUCACGCAGGUCAUGUAUGUGGGGGUGACUUACACAGUACCUGAGGGUUUCGGAACGUCCGGAUCUUCUUAUCGUUCCGAAAUCCCAGCGGUUAGCAGUAGGUCAUUGGAUAAGGAUAAGAUGUUUCAAAUCGCACAAAUGGCUGUAACCACUGGAACGCGAAUGUUUGUAAAUUCAUUAGCUCGCGAACGGUACCUCAUUAAUUACGUUUACGGUUUUAGUUCGGAAGGUUUUAGUUAUUUCUUGACCACUCAAAUGAAACACAGUAUUUCGAGCCAGUAUGUUAGUAAAUUGGUGCGGGUUUGUCAGGACGAUGAAAAUUAUUACUCGUAUACCGAAAUACCGAUCGAUUGUACCAGUGACCUGCAAGGGGGUAGGAAUUAUAACUUAGUGCAAGCCGCAUACGUUGCCAAACCAGGUUCGGACUUAGCCAGUGAUCUUGGCAUCACUGCCCAAGAUGACGUUUUGUAUGCUGUAUUUAGUGAAAGUGAUCCUAGUCAUUCCAAUCAACCCUCUGACCUUUCUGCUCUGUGCGUCUACUCACUCAAAGCCAUUCGAAGAAAGUUUAUGCAAAACAUACGAAAUUGUUUCAAUGGUUCUGGACAACGGGGCCUCGAUUUCAUCUCCACCAGUUACGCCUGUGUACCUACGAAGCUGCAAACCAUCGGGGAAGACUUCUGUGGCCUGGACGUGAACACCCCUUUGGGAGGCGAGCAGCCCGUCUCUGCCGUACCUGUACUUCUAUUUACUACCCGAUUAACAGCUGUUGCAGCUACUUCUACUGGCGAUUUCACAGUUGUCUUUAUAGGAACACGCAUGGGACAUCUUAAAAAGGUUGUGGUAGAAGCGGGAGCUUCGGCUUUGGAAUAUGGAGAUAUUGUGGUUGAAGAAGGAUCUACUGUUAAUCCUGAUCUACAUUUUGAUCCUCAACAAAUGCACUUGUACGUCAUGACAGAACGAAAGGUGUCAAAAGUAAAAGUUCAAGAAUGCAGCGUGUACAAAACGUGCUGGGAGUGUUUGGGUGCAAAAGAUCCUUACUGCGGUUGGUGUUCGUUAGAAAACAAAUGCAGUUUACGUUCGGAUUGUCAGGAUGCAGCAGAAGAUCCUCUUUAUUGGAUUAGUUACAAAAGUGGUAGGUGUACUACAAUAACAACAGUAACUCCAAAUCAACUGCAGAGAACAACAGCAAGGACGUUAGACCUUGUUAUCGACAACCUUCCAAGUUUGCCAGGGCAGUUUUUGUGUGCAUUUACCGCACUUGAUAAGACUUUAAUAACAAACGCAACGAGAAAAAACUACGGUGUAAAUUGUACUACUCCUAGAACCGAUCUAUUGCCUGCUAUUCCUCCUGGGCAACACCAUUUCACAGCUAAGUUAUCGGUCCGCAUGACUUCUGGGCCAGACUUUGUAGCCACAAAUUUUACAUUUUUCGAUUGCAACACUUAUAGCUCUUGUACUCAAUGUGUUUCAUCGUCGUUUCCGUGUGAUUGGUGUGUAGAUGGUCAUCGAUGUACUCACGAUACUGCCGAAAACUGCAGAAACGAUAUCUUAGUUACUGGAGUUAACAGAGUGGGUCCAAGUUACCGGUCAGGUCCAACUUUUUGCCCGACCAUAAACUCAACAGUUGGCGGUUCACCAGAAAUCCUAGUAGCUUCAGGUUUAAAGAAGUCAAUACGUGUCAAAGUUCAUAUAAUCGGUCAAUUUAUAGUUCAGACACGAUUCGUGUGCCAAUUUAAUAUCGAGGGCCGUGUCACUAGUGUAAAUGCCCAACUGUUAGGCGAUACUAUUUACUGCGAUAGUAUGGAUUUUAUUUACACUUCGAGAGCUCCCAACACAACUGCAACGUUUGCCGUCAUAUGGGGAGGUUCGAAGCCGCUAGACAAUCCUGACAACAUUCACGUUGUGAUUUAUCGGUGUAACGAUAUGGCUGAUAACUGUGGAAUGUGUCUUGCAUUAGACGAAAAAUAUGAAUGCGGUUGGUGCCAAAGUUCAGAAAGUUGUGAAGUGAAAGAACAGUGUGGAAGGGGUGCAGUGGUGUGGUUGAAUCGCAGCCAAACGUGCCCAAAUCCCGAAGUGAUCUCUUUUCGUCCUGAGUUAGGGCCUUGGGAAGGUGGCACAAAUAUCACCAUCGAAGGUAUUAAUUUAGGAAAGACUUUUUUGGACAUCUACAAAGGUAUAAACAUCGCCGGAAUUAGCUGCGAGCCUUAUAAACAUCUUUAUGUGGAAACGAAAAGGAUUGUUUGCAAAGUUGACGGCCCAGGAACAAAUGAACUUCGAGCAGGACCGGUAGUAGUAAGGGUGGAGAAAUACCGAGGAGAGUCAAAGACGCCUUACCAGUUUGUAAAUCCAGUGAUAACCGGUAUUUCCCCGAAAUAUGGACCAAAAUCUGGAGGCACAAGCCUGAAAAUCACCGGCGAAUAUAUGAACGCUGGAAGUAACAUACAAGCAUUUAUUAAUAAUUUACCAUGUGAAAUAGUUUCGACGGACCAGCAUCAAGCUCUCUGCAUUACUAGUGCGUCAGAACAACCAAUGUCUGGCAAACUUAGAAUGAUCUUUGAUAAAGGCGAUAGAGAAUAUGACAAAGAGCUUUUCCACUAUGUCGAAGAUCCUAUAAUAGAAUCUGCCGAAUCUGGAGUAGCAAGUCAAAUAAAAGUUCCUAAAGGCAUACCAGCUGGCGGUAUAAAAAUAACGGUUACUGGUAAAAAUUUAGUGUACAUUCAAAAACCGGAAAUGUACGUUUACUACGACCAGAAAAUGUUCUUAAGCACUUGCCAAGUUCUUAGCAACACAACCAUGAUUUGUCCUAGUCCUCAAAUUGAAGCAGAUAAUUCAAAAUUAGACGCAGAUAAUCCGCUAAAACUGGAAUACGGGUUCAGAAUGGACAAUGUUUCUGGUGUUCAAAAUCUGACCAUGCAAAGCCACUUUCCUCACUUUCUUCUUUAUCCCAAUCCAAUUUUUGAUCCUUUUGACAAGGAAGUAAAGUAUUACAAAUCAGAAUAUCUUAAUAUAAACGGGCAAAAUAUAGAUCGGGCUUGUCAGGAAUCUGACGUUGAAGUCAGAAUUGGCAGUAGUUAUUGCAACGUUACCUCCUUAUCCCGCCAGCAGUUGACUUGUCGUCCUCCAGAAACCCAGCCUCCACCUUUAGAAUCUGAUAAACAAGAAAACAGCGAAAAUUUACCACUAGUGAUAGUCACAGUGGGAGACACAUUAAAAUUUAAUAUUGGUCAUCUGUCCUACUCCUCUCCGCAGGGCAUGAACGGUUCAAUUUCAAAACCUAUAUUGAUUGUUGUUACCUUGAUAUGUAUCGUAAUAGUGGUCGUGUUUGUGUUUUUCUUGAUCGCUUAUAGAAGAAAAUCUACUGAAAGCAAUCGAGUUCUUAAAAACAUGCAAGAACAAAUGGAUAUAUUGGAGUUAAGGGUUGCCGCCGAAUGUAAAGAGGCGUUUGCCGAAUUGCAAACAGAAAUGACAGAUUUAACGGGAGAUCUAACGUCUGGUGGCAUUCCCUUCUUGGAUUACAGAACUUACGCUAUGAAAAUUCUCUUUCCAAAUGUUAACGAUCAUGCCGUGCUCCAGUGGGAUCGUCCCGAACUAAUUAGAAGGGAGAAAGGGUUGCGACUUUUUGGCCAACUUAUUAUGAACAAGACCUUUUUACUCUUGUUCAUUCGUACUCUAGAAAGUAACAAGUAUUUUUCGAUGAGAGACAGAGUAAAUGUGGCAUCUUUAAUCAUGGUAACUCUUCAAAGUAAAAUGGAGUACUGCACCGAUAUUCUUAAAACCCUUUUAGCCGAGCUAAUAGAAAAGUGUAUGGAGGGAAAGAGUCAUCCAAAAUUGCUUUUGAGACGAACAGAAAGUGUGGCAGAAAAAAUGCUCAGUGCUUGGUUUACAUUUCUUCUGUACAAAUUUCUAAGGGAAUGUGCAGGCGACCCUUUGUUUCUCCUUUUUCGGGCUGUAAAACAGCAGGUUGAUAAGGGACCUGUCGAUGCCAUUACCUCAGAAGCUAGAUAUUCUCUUAGUGAAGAAAAACUCAUCAGACAAUCGAUAGACUAUAAGCCAAUGACUGUAUAUGUUUCAAUUUCUCAACAAACGGUAUUUGUCGGAGGUUUAGAUUUAAAUACUGACAAUGUUCCUGUGAAGGUAUUAGAUUGUGACACUAUUAGUCAGGUGAAAGAAAAGGCUCUGGAUACCAUUUAUAGAGCAACCCCUUAUUCACAAAGGCCAAGAAAAGAGGACUUGGACUUAGAAUGGCGUACGGGAACGUCUGGAAGAUUGAUACUAUAUGACGAAGAUAGUACCACAAAAAUAGAAGGAGAAUGGAAAAAACGUAACACACUUCAACAUUACAGAGUGUCUGAUGGGGCUUGUUUGAACCUUGUGUCCAAACAGAGCUCAAUCUACAACCUCAGUAUAUUGUCUGAGAAGAACGACAAAUCUCACAAAUAUGAAACACUAAAUAUAAGUAAAUUUAGCUCUGCCAGUCCCCCUCUUAGCCGAGCCACGAGCCCACUGAAUCAUGACCAUGAUCAAAACUUGAAGGUGUGGCAUUUGGUAAAGCAUCAUGAUAAUGAAAACCAAAAAGAAGGCGAAAGAGGGAACAAAAUGGUGUCCGAAAUUUAUCUUACUAGACUCUUAGCGACCAAGGGCACAUUACAGAAAUUCGUAGACGAUUUAUUUGAAACGAUCUUUAGUAUUGCACAUCGAGGAUCUGCACUUCCAUUAGCUAUUAAGUACAUGUUUGAUUUUCUUGACGACCAAGCUUUGCAGCAUGGCAUAUCGGAUCCAGAAGUGGUACAUACUUGGAAAAGUAAUUCAUUACCCCUCAGGUUCUGGGUGAAUCUCAUUAAAAAUCCCAAUUUUGUAUUCGAUAUCCAUAAAUCCAACAUUGUAGACUCUUGUCUCUCUGUUGUUGCUCAAACUUUCAUGGAUUCUUGCUCCACGUCCGAUCAUAGAUUAGGCAAGGAUUCUCCUAGUUCAAAACUCCUUUAUGCUAAAGACAUUCCAGCUUAUAAAGAAUGGGUGGAACGAUACUAUGCCGACAUCAAGAUGAUGCCUGCUAUUUCUGACCAAGAUAUGAACGCUAUGCUUGCCGAAGAAUCAAGGCUUCAUACGACAGAAUUCAAUACGAACUGUGCUCUGCAAGAGCUGUACCAAUAUGCAGGUAAAUAUAAUGAACAAUUGAUGGUGACAUUAGAGGAGGACGAAUUUUCUCAAAGACAGCGCCUAGCCUACAAGUUAGAGCAGGUGCAUAACAUAAUGACGGCUGACGGACAGCCGUGAUACUGGCCUGACCUGACACGACCUUCUGCACCCCCUUUGUCGCCCACUACGUUGCGGCCGUCAGCGCCUCAGGAAUUCGCCUGCUGAUUGCCCGCCGACUUUCGCCCCCUUCUAUUUCUCUCUGUAUCUGUCUGUUUCUAUCUCUGUCCCUUACUCUAUCUGCAUCAUACAUAUCCAUAUACACCAGACUUCGUUUGUGUCGUCGGAUUGCUGUUAGUUGUUAGGUGUUGGAGUCAGUGCGUGAGCGUACCAAUGGACCAAGUGCCUCUGGUAGGAUCAAACGCAUCGGCAACUGCCUCCAUCAGUUCAGUGUUCCAAG